GUUGACUCGAGAUAAUUUAUGAAUUUAGCUCAAGAUCUCAUCAGAGACAAAUAUUAUUUAAAAAUAAUAAAAUUUGGCAUGAAUAAGAACGAGCGGCGAGAAAGCAGGAAGACCAAUGGGAUCUUAAGGAGACGCAAUUAGGAAUUUCGGCAAAUAUUUCGAAACCUUAGCGAAGAAGACAACGACGACAUAUCAAAUCCAGAAGCUUCCACUAGAAGAAUUAGCUAGAGAGAGAGAGAGAGUCCGAGUCCACGACGACGACAAUGAUGAUUCGUUCUUGUCUGAUGCGUGUCGCUGCAGCUUUAUCCAUUGUCCUCUUCCUCGUCGAUGUCGUUCGCAGCGAGGAGUGCACAAGAACUUGCAUUGCACAGAAUUGCGACACACUUUCUAUUCGAUACGGGAAGUAUUGUGGGAUUGGACACUCUGGAUGUCCCGGUGAGGAGCCUUGUGAUGAUCUUGAUGCUUGUUGUAUGGUCCAUGACAAUUGCGUUGAGGCCAAUGGUAUGACUAACAUAAGCUGCCAUAAGAAGUUCAAGCGAUGCGUGAGCAGGCUAAGCAAGUCGAUAAAACAAUCCAAAGGCAAGAAAGUGGGAUUCUCAACGAAGUGCCCUUACUCGGUGGUCAUACCGACGGUGAACCAAGGAAUGGAUAUCGGAAUCUUAUUCAGCCAAUUAGGCAAUGAUUUCAAAACUGAGCUCUGAGUUUUUGCAUCUCAUUGGUUCUUUUGUAGUUUUAGAAGAUUCUUUUGGUAAUGAUGAUGAUGAUUACCUCAACUAUUGCCACUGCAAGCUGCAGAUUGUAUUAGCUUAAUUUAAAUGAUGGCAACUAUGUGAUUCUAUGAUGCUAUACGAUUGAAGUUUUGAUUACAAACACUUCUUUUGUUUAAAUUAUGUGCGUAUUACAUAUUUUUCCGA